CAUCUUUUUUUGUGUUGUAGAACACAUUUGUCAGAUUAAAAACUGAACAAAGUGUUGAUUCAACAAACGAUGACAUCAUUUCCAAGUACAGUGAGAGUGAUGAUGAAACUGUUGAUUGUUUAGAAAAUGAUGUUAUGAGUUUGAAAAGUGAACCAAAAGAGGAGUUUCAACAGAUUAAAUCUGGGUUAGAAGGUUUAUCAGAUCCAAAGUCAUAUUUGAACAACACUUGUGGAAAGCAGUUAACUGGACAUUAUAUUAUAAAACAAAAAUCUCUCUUUCCCAAGUCAAAGAAUUACAAAUCUCUAAAUCCAAAUAGUGUUAAUGGACUUGAUAAAACUCCAUUGAGGGUAAGUAACAAAAGAAAACAUAAAAUUUCCUAUAAUGAAGCUAAAUCAUGCAGUAAUAUUAUGUGUGAAAAAGAAAUGAAAAUAAAUCAUCAUCCAAAAUUUAAUGCAAAACCACACACUGGGAAGAAACAACACAGGUGUGUAUUGUGUGGCAAGCAAUUUCUAACAAAUUGUUACCUAAAAAUACAUUUAAGGAUACACACUGGAGAAAAACCAUUCAAAUGCAUAGUGUGUAGAAAACAAUUUGUGACACAGAGUAAUUUAAAAAUACAUGUGAGAAUACACACUGGGGAGAAGCCAUACAGUUGUGUAGUGUGUGGCAAAGAAUUUAGAACAAAUACUCGUCUACAAGCACAUGUGAGAAUACACACUGGAGAGAAACCAUACAAUUGUGAGUUGUGUAAAAAGGGAUUUCGAAUCAACAGUCAUUUAAAAAUACAUGAAAGAGUACAUAGUGGUGAGAAACCAUACAGUUGUUUAGCUUGUGAUAAAAAAUUUAGGAGUAAAAGUCAACUGAAUGGGCAUGAGAAAGUGCAUACUUCAGAGAAAGCAUACAGUUGUGUAGUGUGUGGAAGAUUAUUUGCAAUGAAUUCCUAUCUACAAAAACAUGUGAGGAUGCACAAUAGAGACAAACCAUACAGUUGUACAGUGUGUAAUAAAGGAUACCAAAGUAAAAGUGGGUUAAAAAGGCAUGAGAGGGUACAUACUGGGGAGAAACCGUACCCUUGUGUAGUAUGUGAUAAAACAUUUAGGAGUAAAAGUAAUCUUAAUAGCCAUGAGAAGUUACACACUAGAGAAAAAAAUUACAGUUGUUUAGAAUGUGGUAAAACAUUUGAGAGUAAUAAUGAAGUUAAACGACAUGAAAGGAUACACACUGGAGAAAAACCUUACAGUUGUGUAGUGUGUGGCAAAGAAUAUGGAAGAAGCAGUCAUCUUAAAACUCAUCACAGGACACAUACUGGGGAGAAACCAUAUAGUUGUUUAGUUUGUGGAAAAAGAUUUGGAAGAAAUAGUUAUCUUAUUAUUCAUCAAAGGAUACAUAGUGGGGAGAAACCGUAUUCUUGUGUAAUAUGUGAUAAAAACUUUAGGAGUAAAGGUCAACUUAACAGACAUGAGAAGGUGCACACUGGAGAAAAACCAUACAGUUGUUUAGUGUGUGAAAAAAAAUUUGUAACAAAUACAUAUCUGCAAGAACAUGUGAGGAUACACACUGGAGAGAGACCAUAUAGUUGUGUAGUGUGUGGCAAAGGAUUUCGAAUCAAUUAUCAAUUAAAAAGACAUGAGAAAGUGCAUACUGAGAAGAAACGAUACACUUGUUUAGUUUGCGAUCAAACAUUUGGAAGUAAAAUUCAACUUAAUACACAUGGGAAAAUACAUAAUGGAAAGAAACCAUACAAUUGUUUAGUGUGUGGGGAAGAAUGUGUAACAAAUAUCUUGCUUCAAGAACAUGUGAGGAUACACACUGUACAGAAACCAUAAAGAUGUAUAGCAUGUAAUAAAGGAUUUCAAAUCAACAGUCAUUUAAAAAAAAGACAAGAGUGACUAUAUACUGGCAAAAAACACAUUUGUGUUGGAUAUGGUAAAGGAUUCAGAUGAAAUUUUCAUUUUAAAAAUACACACCAGGAAGAGACCACAUAGUUUUGUAGUGUGUGGUAAAGGAUUAGGAAUAAGUAGUGAGCUGUAAAACAUGAGAAUACAUUCACUAGGGAGUAACCAUGCAAUUGUUUGGUGUGCGAAAAGUAAUUUAUUACCUCAAAAAGGUACACAUUUGGAAUAAAACUUCAAAUAUCUGGGUUAGAUCUGAUCAAAUUAACUGAUUACCAAUAACCAGCAAUCACUCUAAUUAGUUUCACAUAAAAUGUUGGUUGAUCAAAAUUAGUAUUUCCAAUUAUUACUGUUUUUAAUUGUUCAAACUAUCCAAAUAAUUGAAAUGAACCAAUUAUAUUUAGUACAAUAUUUCAUUUUCUCUACAGAGAUUUUGGUGAUUAGAAUUUUGAUUUUUCGAUUUAGCUUGAAUUUCUUUGAGUAUUUUAUUGCAUACUUAGCUUUGAAUUUUGAUUCAUUGUUAGUUCAGUAAUCACCAUUAGUUAUUUUUUUGUAACUCUAUGCUAUCAGUGGAUGAGGGUUUUUCUCGUUUUAUGCCUCAAUUUUUUAAUAAGUUCUUUUAUAUGUCCUAUUUAUCCAUAGUUAAACAAGAUUUUACUUUGUUUAUUUUUCAUAGUUUUCUAUUGUAUAUAAAAGUUAAUUUUGUGAAUUAUGUAUUAGAUGAUCUCAUGUGUAUAGUGUUAUCAUGUAUAACUUUUACAUUAUAUACUUAAUAGAUUUAUUUGAUGCAGUUUAAUUGUAUUGUCAUGUGUUAUGUGUCAUAGUUGAAGCUGUUUGUUGCCUGUAUUGUAUAUAUUAUUACUGAUAAUAAAAGUAACAGUAGAUUACGAGGAUGA